GUAUACACGCUGUAAUUUGCGUCAAUUAAAAACAAGAGGGAAAUUUAUUUAUUUUGUUUAUUGAAUAAAGUUAAGAACUUGUUGCAAUUUACGCAAUUGAAAUCGAGCGCGUUAAAAAGAUGUCAAAUUAUAAUUAAUUACUUUCCUGCCAGGAAAGUAAUGCCUCUUUUUGAAUAUUAAACCACCACGUGACACCGAGAGCCAUAUUUAGAUUUAUAAACAAAGAUGGCGUCGCGAAAGCGUGGUGGACCGUUACGGUUUGGGAGCCAAUAUUGUCAGAAAGAAAAGAGAGGAAAAGAAAUAGGAAAGAGAAAGGAGCAGAGAAAGAAUAUAUAUUGGAGAACACUAUGCUCAGUGGAAUGCUGUACGGGAGAAUAUGAAGUUCAUCGACAACUUUUCUACUUGACAGAUAUGUUCAAAGCCAGCACUCAGUUAAAUAUACUUCUACUCCUGUGCACAGCCAGGCAGACCCGACGCCUUUUACGGGAAAAUACAUUAUCUCUGAUAUUUCUGCAGAAUCCAGACAAGCAACCAGUGAUCAAGGAGGGUCAGGUGUUGAAGAGUUCGAGCGAGGCCCAUCAAUCAGAUUGAGUAUUGACAUAUCAGAGGAAUCUGGCACUUUAAAAGGAGAUGAUGAUGAAACUUACUAUCCAAGUUUCAACUUCCACUCAAUUAGAAGAGGAUAAGAAAUCCAGAUUUGAAAAUUGACUCCUAUUCAGAGUGACAUGAACAUAUUUCAAAACUAUAUGACAGUGUCUAUACAAUAUUAAAUUUGCUGUAGGUAGACUGUAGUAAUAUUUUUCUGCAACCAAAGUUUUAAACACAUCAUUGACAUUACUUUAUAGACUGGGCAUAUUUCUUGUAAUUCAAUACAUAGUUUUCAUAUAACAGUAGAAGACAUCAAAGCAUCCAAUUGCCAUAUGUUGAAAAUAAAUGUUUUCUCCAAGUAGAAUAUCUAUUGAUCUUAUUACUUAUAAUCUAACAAAUUAUUUUAGGGGCGAGAUCAAAUAUCCAAUGUUUGACACAUCUUUAGUGCUAUUGAUACAAAAUUGAAACUAAAUGGAUAGAGCAAGUAGUCUUUUACCAAAAUUGUAAAUUUGAUGAUCCCCAGAGUAGGGGUUUUGACCCCAGGGUGGGGCCAAACUUAGUAUAUAGUAUUAAUGUGCAAGUUUGCUAAUACUGUAUAACAUCUAAAUGUAUACUUAGGAAUAGCAGAAAAUGAUGUGCAAAAAAUGGUGAAUUUCAAUCAAAACCCAGGGUUAUGAUUGAUUGAUUAUGAUGAGUCCAAAUUCGUGAUAUCUUUUGAUGUUUUAAUGUUAAUACACCUAUUAUUUAAAGCCUUUCAUCAGUGUUUGCACAUUUGAAGGCAGUGAAGUUUUAAGAACACAUCUUGUUUUAUACUGUUGCUGAACAUUAGAAUUUAGCUUAGAUAUUCAGAACAGGAAAUUUUUUUCUAGUUUUCCUAGCCCAUGGAAGUAGUGGCACUUUUUCACUAGUAUUCAGGUGACCGACAAGACCCUUUUUUGGUACCAACGUUGUGACCUUGGGAGUACUUUUAAGGAAUUUGGUAUAUAAAUUCUUUUUGGAAAGACAUUUCAAUUAUUGACAUGAUCUUUGACCUUGGAAUUUAUCAUUUUGAUUUGGUACCAAAGUUUUUGACCUUGUUUUACUUUACUUGUUCUUUAUUACCACUAGUGUUUCACAAACAUAUUUUCUUUUUACAUUUUUUCAAGGGUGCAGUAAUAUUUGGAGUCACAUGGCAAUUUUAAUAGUCUCCCAUUUACAUGAAAAUAAAAAAGAAAGUCAUUGAAUAUGAAAUUCUGUUUUAAUUAUUUUCUCAGCAUAGAAAACAAAAUUCUAAAGUCUCGAUGGAAUAUAUCCAGUAUACUGGUCUGGGUAUUUAUCUUGUAUUGCCCACACACACCUUUGAAUGAACCGCCUCAAUCCAA